AUGCUGCACAAAAUCUCGUCCCCCUCUGCUACCCUCAACGCACCACCCAACCGGCACACCAAGAUGUUCCCUAAAUCCCUGGCACCCCAGAUACGCGGCCCCUCCCUCGGCCUGCUUGCUGCGCUGAGCGUAUGCCUCGUCAUGAAUUUGGGCGCCCUCUUCUCACUCCACAUCUUAACGCGUGGAACGUGGGGAUACAUCUACCUCGCCGGCGACCGACCUCGUGAGCUCCCCCUAAAGGUCCGCACCAUCUAA